AUGAUAGAACAUCCAAAUGGCACCAUCUCCACUGAGGUUUCAAACUUCCUCCUGAAUUGUUUUGUCAAGUCCCCCAGCUGGAAGUUCUGGUUGUCCCUGCCCCUCAGCCUCCUCUUCCUUCUGGCCAUGGGAGCCAAUGGUGUUCUCCUGGUCACCAUCCGGCUGGAGGUCUCUCUGCAUGAACCCAUGUACUACCUACUCAGCAUUCUCUCCCUGCUGGAUAUUGUGCUCUGCAUCACCGUCAUCCCCAAGGUCCUGGCCAUCUUCUGGUUUGACCUCAAGUCCAUCAGCUUCUAUGCCUGCUUCCUUCAGAUGUACAUCAUGAAUUGCUUUCUUGCCAUGGAGUCCUGCACAUUCAUGGUCAUGGCCUAUGACCGCUACAUGGCCAUCUGCCACCCACUGAGGUACCCAUCCAUUAUCACUGACCAAUUUGUAGCUAAGGCUGCUAUUUUUAUUUUGGCCAGGAAUGCAUUUCUUACUAUGUUCAUUCCCAUCCUCUCUGCCCGGCUCCAUUAUUGUGGAAAAAAUAUAAUUGAGAACUGUAUCUGUGCCAACCUCUCUGUGUCCAAGCUCUCCUGUGAUAACGUUGUCCUUAACAAAAUAUACCAGUUAACUGUGGCCUGGACUCUUCUGGGCUCUGACCUCAUCCUCAUCUUCCUCUCCUAUACUUUCAUUCUAAGAGCCGUUCUUAGACUCAAGGCAAAAGGGGCAGCUGCCAAAGCUCUGAGCACAUGUGGCUCCCACUUCAUUCUCAUCCUUUUCUUCAGCACCAUCCUUCUGGUUUUUGUUUUUACCCAUAUUGCCAAGAAAAAAAUUUCCCCUGAUAUCCCCAUCUUACUUAAUGUCCUACACCAUGUAAUUCCUGCAGCUCUCAACCCCAUUGUCUAUGGGGUACGAACCCAGGAGAUUAAAGAAGGGAUUGGGAAAUUACUGAGGAGAGCGGGAAAGAGCAGAACUAAUCGUGUUCUAGCUCGACUUUUCUCAACCGUGAAUGCUCUAAUUACAUUUGAAAGGCAGGAACUUGGAGAAAAAAUUACAAUCCUAAUCAUCUCUCUAGACAUGCCUGAAGAUAUGAACUGCAUGGUUUCCCUCUUACCUAUCACAUAUCACACAUGUGAUAUAUCAUAUCACGCCUUUCACUUUCCAUCAUUUUCAGGAAGUGACUAA